AAAAAAACAAACUUCAGAUUUUCGAUCGAAUUAUGCAAAAUUUGAGUUUUGAGAAAUUAUUUUCCUUAAUUCUAGGAAGAACCAAGGUACAUGACGGCAAGCAAACAACAUCUCCAGAACCGCCGGUAGAAAAUUUGGCGAAAGAGGAAUGCAAUAAGCCUGAACCGUCAGCCUUGUAUCGUAAUAUUUUCCUGUGUCUGGCCAUACUGUUCGCACUAAACCGAAUAAUUACCCUACUCCUUGCCGGUUUGGACUUGGAGCGAUCGGAGACACUUUUAAAUUCACUCCUUGGGAAAGUGGCGAGAUCUAAACAGAAUCUUUAGCCGAAAUGUCUCGAUUUCCCCUUACCAGAAUUCUAAGAACAAUGUCGACAUGUAAACCGCCGCCUACCCCGUCGAAAUGCCCACCACCAUGUCCACCUCCCGCCGAAGAAAUCAUCUACGGACCAUCCUCGUACCACCCGUACCCCGAAGGAGGGCACAAGAUCUACAAGAGGAUCUUUUUCCUACUCUGCGUGCCCGCGGUGGCCGUGACGGCCGUCUGCACUUUUUGCGACAAGGAAGAGCCGGAGAGGCCGGAAUUUGUUAAGUAUUCGUACUUGAGACUGAGGACCAAAAGGUACCCUUGGGGCGACGGGAAUAAGACGUUCUUUCAUAAUCCGCGUACGAACGCGUUACCCGAUGGUUACGAAGAUGAAGAAUAAUACUAUAUAGCUCGACUAUGUGUAAAUUUAGGGGUAAUAAAAUGCAAUUUUUGAAUCUU